AUGGCAGCGGGAAUGUUGACUGGAGAGACUGGUGGCCGUCAGUGCCCCUACUGUCCUCGCACCUUCGCCUUCCCCAGCUACUUGCAGCGACAUCUCACAUUACACACGGGGGAGAAGCCCUUCAGGUGCCACCGCUGCAACAGUCGAUUUACUCGAAGAAAUCACCUAAAAGAACACCUUAAAAGGAAACAUACACCUUCUCAAACUCCUUCACACCAGCUGCCACCCUCUGCAAACUUUCUUAAUGCCUCACCCAGAGCACUCUCCACACAACAUUUAUCUUCACUCUCAAACACUUCAUCUCAAAUAACAUUAAACCAGAUACCAGCAUCCUCUCAGUCCGUUGUUGCAUACUCGCCUGCUUCUAAUAAUACUACUUCAACUGAUUUGGCUUCAUCAUGUAACCCUUCUAACACAGACUUUUCAACUACAGCUUCCUGUUCACCUUCACCACAAUAA